CUGACAAGAACCGGUGGUGAAAGGCAGUGGACACUAUUGCAAUAAACGGAUGCAGCCAACACCGUCUCCAAUCCGCAUGGUACUCUGUUUAACAGUUGAUGUAUUCUUGGAAGCACGGUCCACUUGACCUAAUCCAUACCAUGGGGACCAGCGAAGAGCAAUAUCAGGUGGAACUGGCCCUUCGGCAUGGCCAGGUUGCCUUUAAUCCAACGGUUCAGUUUGAAAAUGAGUAUCUCUCCGUAGACUCAGACGGGAGGCGGGAAUCAGACCAGAGCGUGGACUUGAGGCACACGACUCACUCUCUAAAGCGCCAACUACGGCUGCAACGAUGUAAACUUGCUCUUAUCUGCCUCUUGGUGGCACUUUUGCUGUCAUCCGCUGUUGCAGUUGUGGUUGUUUUAGUUUUAAGAAAAACGAUGACAUCUACGUCAGGAAACAACUCUACCGUAACAAUGUCAACUGAAUACGAAGAGUGUAAAUCAAAUCAGUACUCAUGCGCACAGGGGGAGUGUAUCCCCGCUAGGUGGCGCUGUGACGGAAUAGAAGAUUGUCUCAACAAAAAUGACGAGCAGCAGUGCGAUAAUUUUACCGCGUCUACACCCCGUUCUUGCCAGACGUGGAAGGCAGAAUUCCAAAUUGAGUGUCCCCCUGCAGGGUGCCCGUUCUAUCCCAUCUGCACCCCGACAGGUCACUGGUCCCCUGUGCAAUGCACGACGAACAACGUCAGCUGUUGGUGCGUGGAUUGGGCCACGGGGGCGACCAUACCGGGCAGUUUCGUCAGGGACACUGAGAAGGAGGAUCCGCCAUUUUGUGAACAGAGACCGGAUUGAGAAUGGAAUGAACAGUUGUAUGUUUUUUGUUUUGUAUUCAUAAUGUUUCUUUUUAUAUCUUGUAUGAAACGUUUGUCUGUGACGGUGUGGC